AUGUCGACCGCCUUCAAAAUCUUCACCUUGUUGGCUCUAUGCGCUGUUGCUAGCGCAGAGUUCCAAAACAUGAGCGGUCAGAUUUCAUUUUUUUUUUGCCGCAUUUGGAAUGGCUCACAUUUUACUUUGCGGUUGGGAAUUUCCUGAUAUUUGGCCAGAACGCUCCUUGAUGUGCCAGAAGAAGAUUCUGAAUAUUUCAACCUGCAUUACUUCCUCGUUUUUGAGAAAAGACGCCUCAAAGUUGAAAGGAACCUCAAAAUCUAUGAAAAUGGGUUAUUUUGAAGCUCUGAGCCUUAUUUCUCGAAAACUAGGAAGUUUUGCAGGUUAAGGCUUUCAGGAUCUUCAUCUGUUACAUCAAGAAGGUUUCUGGCCAAUUUUUAGGGAAUUCCCAAACGCAAGUAAAAUGACCUCCCCUGUCAAGCCAUGUUGAAAACCGGGAUUUUGUUUUUCGAAAAUCAACUUUUCCUGAUGCAGCUAGGCGUCAGCCGUUUUGAGGUCGGGCGCAACUUUGAAGUUUUUAUCGAACAAUUUUACAUUUAUACAAAAAAUGCAAAAACUUGCCAAUCCGCCAGUAUAAAGACUGAAAAAUGAUAACUUCCGAGCGGAAACCGUUUCUGGGUCGUUCGCAAGUGAAAAUCGACUUUUUUUCAGCCCUCUACGACAUUUUCGCUCCGAGAGACGGGGGCGAGAAACCAUUCUAUGAGAAGAAUCUGGAAGGUGAGUUUUUUUCUUUUAAAGAUCAUUCUUCGUUAUUUCUGGCCUCUCUGCGCUCCCUUUUUCUCUAUUUUUCUGUUCAGAUUUGUGGUUUUGUGUUAAAUGAACAAUUUUCAGAUCUAUUGAAAUCGUUCUUGCAGCAAAUUAAAGAUAUGGGCGUCGAAAAGCCGACGGUCAAGGUCGUGGAUGAGGGCAUCAAAAAACUGAUAGUAGGAAUUUUUUUCUUUUUCAAAUAAGAAUAUCAGUUUUCGUGUUGGGACACUUUGGAGGCUGCUCCUUUAAUUUUAGCGUUGUUCUUCUGAUUUUGUAAUCUUUCUUAAUUUUUCCUGAAGCGGAAAAGCUUGGAGAGCGCUAUAAAGUAUGGAGUAGCGCGAAAGUCGCGAAAGGUCGGAUGGAAAGUAACUUUUCAAACUUCACAAGAAUACAGAGCGGUGCGAAAGUCGCGAAAGGUCGGGUGAAACCGAAAUUUUGUCGUUUCGAAAUUCAAAGGAGUAUAGAGCGGCGCGCAAGUCGCGAAAGGUCGGGUGAAACCGAAAUUUUGUCGUUUUGAACUUUAAAGGAGUAUAGAGCAGCGCGCAAGUCGCGAAAGGUCGGGUGAAACCGAAAUUUUUAUCGUUUCGAAAUUCAAAGGAGUAUAGAGCAGCGCGCAAGUCGCGAAAGGUCGGGUGAAACCGAAAUUUUGUCGUUUCGAAAUUCAAAGGAGUAUAGAGCGGCGCGCAAGUCGCGAAAGGUCGGGUGAAACCGAAAUUUUGUCGUUUUGAACUUUAAAGGAGUAUAGAGCAGCGCGCAAGUCGCGAAAGGUCGGGUGAAACCGAAAUUUUUAUCGUUUCGAAAUUCAAAGGAGUAUAGAGCAGCGCGCAAGUCGCGAAAGGUCGGGUGAAACCGAAAUUUUGUCGUUUUGAACUUUAAAGGAGUAUAGAGCGGCGCGCAAGUCGCGAAAGGUCGGGUGAAACCGAAAUUUUUAUCGUUUCGAAAUUCAAAGGAGUAUAGAGCAGCGCGCAAGUCGCGAAAGGUCGGGUGAAACCGAAAUUUUUAUCGUUUCGAAAUUCAAAGGAGUAUAGAGCAGCGCGCAAGUCGCGAAAGGUCGGGUGAAACCAAAUUUUUAUCGUUUCGAAAUUCUAAAGGAGUAUAGAGCAGCGCGAAAGUCGCGAAAGGUCGGAUGAAACCGAAAUUUUUAUCGUUUCGAAUUCAAAGGAGUAUAGAGCAGCGCGCAAGUCGCGAAAGGUCGGGUGAAACCGAAAUUUUUAUCGUUUCGAAAUUCAAAGGAGUAUAGAGCAGCGCGCAAGUCGCGAAAGGUCGGGUGAAACCAAAUUUUUAUCGUUUCGAAAUUCAAAGGAGUAUAGAGCAGCGCGCAAGUCGCGAAAGGUCGGAUGGAAAGUAACUUUUCAAACUUCACAAGAAUACAGAGCGGUGCGAAAGUCGCGAAAGGUCGGGUGAAACCGAAUUUUCAUCGUCUCGAAAUUUAAAGGAGUAUAGAGCAGCGCGAAAGUCGCGAAAGGUCGAGUGAAACCGAAAAUUUCUCAUUUUAUAGUUUAAAAUAGUAUAUACAGACCUCCUAAAGAAAUCCUGAAGCGAAAACUGCUUAUUAGACAGUCACAAAGCUCUCAUUUCAAAUUUUUUUUUAAAUCAUAAAACUCAGGCCGGACUCAAGGCCAACCCCAAAUUGACGCCGGCUCAGUUCAAGCAAAAAUUCGGCAUCAAAUGGAACAAGGAAUUCGUGGACAAGUUGCUGCAGCAACCGGUGGGAGAUGUGGUUCGUUCCUUUUAUCUGUCUUUGAACUAAAAUUCACAUAAAAUUUUCAGUCCAAAGUCGCGGAAGUCGUAUUGAAGAUCAAAAAACGCAAGCAAUGA